ACCAAGCCAUGACAAGUCCUGGAGUGGUCGAAUGAAAGGAGACGACUGGAAAAGCGAAAAAGACCUUUUUGACUACAGUUCAGUUCGUAAGGGAGUCGAUCUGACAGAAGAGAAGAAACAGAAUAUCCUUAAAGAUCAUAGAGAAAAUGAUGUGAUAAAAGAAGCUAUUAUUUACAAGACCCCGCUUGAAAGGUGGAUACCAAAAUCAGAAUCGGUACUUUUCCAUGCUUACUUGGUGUACAGGGCAUGCAAUAAGGUUCAAAAGUCAUCAUGCAAUUGGUGGUCUGUUGAAAAAACCGGUUCUUCUUUUGAUCUGCAGAGAAGCAAAUACCUCUAUGAUGUAUCAACUCUAAAGCAUGACAAACCUCGGAUAGAAAAAAGUAUUGAUAUGGAAUGGAUAUGGAAUGGAUAUGGAAUUGAUAUGGAAAAUGAAUCUAAAUUUAAUAUGGGGGUGGGCAGUAUAGUUUCUUCUAUCACAGGUUAUAAUGUUAAGAAACAAGCUGAGUACUAUAUAUGGCUUAUUAAUAAAGGUGAACCUCAAGUCAAUAUUCACGAUAAAUGUAAAAAAGGUGCAUCCCCAGCUACUGUGUUUAAAGUAAUGGAAGAAGAGGAUGGAUAUGUGUACACUGACAAAAACUGCAAGAGGUUUGCUAAGAAAAUUUUCAACGAGAUAGCAAAUUGUAAGGAAUGGAAGCCUAUCAUGCCGUAACUUUAAUUUUUGUAGCACAUUUAAGUAAAACAAAAAUUUACUCCUGAGAUCACUCCUCUGCUCUGGUCAGGGUUGGGUAAAUAGGGUCAAGUCAACAAGUUGAUAGUUUACUGUUUUAUAUUUAUUUAUGGUUGUAUCCACCUUUAUAUUUAGUAUCCUUUAAAGUAUCUUCUAUAUAUAAUAACUGACACAAAUAUGUAUCGAUAAAUUGCUGUGUAAAAUUUGACUUUAUUUUUUAUUAUUAUUACAACCAACGAGCUUUUCUAAUGGCUGUUCCACUCUUGAACCACAUUUACAGUUACACAAACAUAUUGAACUUGUCAUCAUUACUUGUUGAUAAUCUGCCAAUUCGAAAUUCUUCAUAUUUGUCGCAUUCCUGAAACUCUCUGUAGAUAAGAAUAACUCUAAUAACCAUCACUAACUUUUCAGGUGACACCAAACAACCCAUGCCAUUAAUCAACUCAUGAGUCUCAGCAGAUAACACCAUGUAAUUUCCUUACUUCCCUCAUUACUCGACCAGAAUGAUGAAAUUUGUUUCGCUUGUCAUCGUGUUGUGGUUUCCCUCAUCGGUUAACAGUAACCCUGUGGAUGUUCUCCCAAAUAUUGGGUAUUUAUUGAGGGGCUAUCAUCUCUAUCAUGGCAACCCAUUAGCUACUCAGGUCACCUCAGAUCCAGGUUUUAGGAACGUUAUAUUUGAACCACUUUACUCUCAGAGUCUAACAUCUGGAGAUCUUAAGUAUCAAAUUCCAGAUGGGACCAAGGCUUAUUCGAAGGAUGGUUGCACUCAAGCAUUUUCCCAUGAAACCAUCCAAAGCAGUGAUGAGUACCGGAGAUUGCUCAAGGAUAUGGUUAAGACAAACUACACUGGUUUUGAUAACUCAUUUCAUGGCAGUUCAGAUUACAAACAAGUCGAUUCAACUCACUCCAAAGACCAUUCCGCUGAAAUUCUCAUGACUCAAAUUGUUUGUGCUAAGUAUGAAACCAUCCUUGAUACUGUCAACCCACCUACUUACACUGACGCUUUUUUAGAAAACUUAAAAGCCAUCUAUGCUACUUAUCAACGUGACAGAGAUAAUGCUAAUGGAAUCAAUGCUAAAAUACAUGAGUUCCUAAAUACUUUUGGCACACAUUUUGUCCGUAAGCUAGAAUUGGGUUCCAGAUUAAACUUCCAAAACUCUUUGAACUCCAUGGACAGGUACAAUCUCGAGCAAGCUGGAAUUGAUCCCAGAUCAGGGGCUAUCUUUAGCAUGACAAAGAAAAUGGGACAUCAACUGACUGAAGAGGAAUUCAGACAUUCCCGUAUCUUUGAAAAGUUAGUCUCUGGAAGUAAAUCCUCGUCCUCUGCCUCAUAUGCUGAGGAUGGAAGCCUAGACGUUUUGAACAGUGUUCCGAUUCCUCUCUAUUACGAGAUUGACAGGAUUGACUCACUCUUCAUUAAAAGCAUGAUGAAAACUGCUGGGUUGGAUUACAGAAAUCUACAACGUUUGAUAGGUGCCUAUUUCGACGAUUAUUGUAAUAACGAGAAUCGAUACAGUGGAUCAGAUCGCUGCCCAGACAACGAGUCCCAAACAAGUGCCCACGCUAUCUCCAGCAAGAAUUUUAAAGUAGUGUUUCCCGAGUCUGGUGAAGGAAGCUCCACCGACAGCAUCCUCUGGAAGACCAAGCUGCCGGAGAUGACAUCCUUCACGGUCAGCUGGUGGAUGAAGACCCCUCCUUACACUGAGAGUUCUAAAAAUCGCCGCCACAUUCUCUCGUAUAACUGUAACCAAGUGGACCACCUCAAGAUCUUAGCAGCUGCUGAAACUCAGGGAGGAUGUUUGUCUUUGCAGCUUGAUGGAGAGCCUUUAGUGAGGGGAACCAACUGCCUUAUCCCUUUCGACAACAACUAUCAUCACUAUGUAGUCACCUGGUCCACCACUUACGGGCGCUGGCAGGUUUACAUUGACGGGAAUGUUAUGGAUGGAGGUUCGAGCAACAGAGGAUUUAUCAUCCCCUCUGGUGGGUACAUUGUCAUCGGACAGCAGCAUGAAACCGGCACGGUCGUUGAGAACCCUCUCACAGCAUUCCAGGGUGAGAUCGCAUAUCUUAACAUGUGGGACUUCAGUGUGAACGGGGUUGAGGCUAGGAACCUGGCGACUGCUAAUGGUAGAGCCCAGGGGAGUGUGAUGCAGUGGGAUCAAGCUAAACUCAAGUUCAGUGGGGAGGCUCUUCAUGUCAGGGCAGUUUCAGCAAACGAUGAAUUCUACAAGGUUUAAGGGACAGUGAAUUUGAGAUUCUGUUAAUCUGUUAGGACUUUUUUUACCAAAUGGUUACAAAUUUGUUAUAUAGAAUUUGUAUCAAAUUAUUAGUGGUUCAUUAGAUAUUUGAUUAAUUUGAUUAAUCUUUUUUAUACUCCUUUAUUCUGCAUGAUUAAUUUAUUUUAAAUUAUGGUUCAUACUAUUGAGGAUCGUUCCCAUAAUCCAUAAGCCAGAUUUUGCCAUUUUAUACCCCCUCCCCGUCCGUAAACCACUUUAAACUAUUGUGUAGAAACUACAGUUAGCUUUUUCAAACCCCUGGUUUAAGUAGUAUUCGAACGAUUCCUCUUUACUGUGGUUGGGAAUCUAUCUUUAUUUUUUGUUGCAAUCUUUAAAUGGAAACUUGCUCAUUCUUUGGUCGAAGGGCUUUUAAGUUUUUGCUGGAUGUCCACCUUUCGUGUUAGACUCAGUAGCACUUAUAAGAGAUAAAAGAAAAUAUUUUCUGUUUAUCAGAAUAUAUAAUUUAAGUAUUUAGUAGCUUAGCUCUAGUAACUUUCAAACGAGUUUUCUGUGGUUUUCGAUCACUUGACCUUUUUUUCUGUCAGAUAAUUGCGACAAAGUUUAAAUUUUAUUUUUGUCAUUUACUUCUUUUAAUUUAUCAUCUGUUAAAAAUCGUGUUUUUUAAUCAUUAUCAUACCAUUUUAUCGUUUGAUCGUUUUCGGUUUCGUGCUGGAAUUCAAGAUUAUAAUAGAUUUUAUCAUUGUUAUUCCAAAUCCAAUACCUUAUUUAAGAUA